AUGAAAUUACACAUCCUGAUCAAAUUCAUCCUCCUGAUAUGUUCCCCUCUCUUGCCCCAACAACGAUGCUACAGAAGUAGCCAAACCUUCCAACUGGUAAAUACCUUCAACAAAUUUGUGUGGAAAAGAAAAUGGGAUUUUAGGCCAAACCUAUGUGCAAACCCACCAAGUGAACACCUACAGAAUUUGAAGUACGUCCGGGAAGUAACCAAUGCGAGCAUACAGACAUGUAACGACGCACUGAAGGAAUGCAAAGGGGAUGUAGAGAAAGCAAUUGAGUUGGUCCGGAGGAAUGCGAAAAACGCUUCAUUUGUGUCUACCAGUGUGAAGGUUAAAACGGAGGGGCUGGUUGGUUCCCAAAUGGGGGUGGACAGAGCCCUCAUGUUGGAAGUUUUAAGUGACUCAGAUUUUGUGGCCCGAAAUGAGAAGUUCGUUCGCUUUGUGCGGACUCUUCUGUGUGUUGCCCUGGAGGGGAAAUCCCAGUCCGCGGUAGGGGAUGCGCAUAAUGAAACGCAUGACGAGAACAAUAGUAGUGUCCUUACCUCCGAGGGCGUGUCCUCAGCGGGGGCGACGGAGCUGCUAAGCCUUCCCUAUGACGAUAACGACGGCGAUUCAACCACCACGGUGGGCGAGCAGAUAAACUACUUGAGGAACAUAUUUCGAGAGGACAUACGUAUAGGACGGUUUGCCAAAUAUGAGCGAAAAAAUGAGAACCAGUUUUUGCAUUACUACAUUCACAACCAGGUGGAGGAAAAUAUUGGGACGUCGGGAGUUCUGCUCGCUUUAACAGUCGAACAGUUGGCGGAAAAAUUAAAAAGUAAAAAAGAAUGUAUUGCCGAAAUUGCAAAUGAUAUGGCUCUACAUAUUUUGUCUGCUAAGCCAGUUAGUGUGUCCAUCUCUGAUUUGCCUGAACAGGUUGUGCAGCGCGAGGUGGCUAUCAUUAGGGAGUCCCUGAGGGAGGUGAAGAAACCCGAGAACAUACUGAACAACAUGGUCAACGGGAAGAUGCGCAAGUUCUACAACUCCGUGGUGCUGCUCGAGCAGGAGUACAUGCUGGACGAUACCAAGCGGAAGGUCUCCCAAGUCAUUCGUGAUUUCUGCAAGAAGCAUGACUUGAACAUAAGCGUCAGCCAUUUUGAUAUUUUCAUCAUUGGCGAGAAGAACAUUUUGCGAGAGUAA